AUGCCUAGUCCACCACCAGAUGUCAUUGCCUACCAGAGGAACCAUGCGUCAGACUUCAACGCUGGAGGCCUCGAGGCAUUCAUCAUUGCUGGUGUUUGCAUCAUUACCAUCCUGGUGGGGUUGAGGUUGUGGAGUAGGAAAAUGCAGAAGAUUGCAUGGAAAUCCGACGAUUUCACUUUGAUUGGCGCCCUGCUGAUCACAAUUGGAGAUAUGGUGUGCAAGAUACUCUUCUUUAAGUUUGGCUUUGGACGCCAUUUCUACUCACUGCCGUUCGAGGAGCGAGUUCAAUACAAAAAGUGCGGCUACUCCUCGAACAUCCUCUAUACCACGUCCUAUCCAUUAUCUCGCAUCUCCCUCGUCCUUCUCUACCAUCGCAUCUUUGUUCAAAAAUGGUUCCGAACAGUUUGCUGGAUGUUCGUCGCGAUUUUCUUCGGUUACGCUCUGUCUACCGCCAUUGCGGACGUCUUCCUUACUGUUCCCGUCAACGCACGUUGGAAUAGUAGAGUGAAGCCUGUUCGCACGGUAGACCAGAUCAAACUCUUCGUCGCCAACGCUGCUUUCAACAUCACUACAGACAUUCUUUUGCUCCUUUUACCGACCGUCACAAUCUGGCGAAUGAGGAUGACAACGAUGCACAAAAUCGGCUUAACCGCAAUUUUCUCCUUAGGAGUAUUGACCAUUAUUGCGAGUUUCUUCCGCUUGAAAUACUUCUAUAAAGUCGACGGCAACGAUCCCACGUGCGAAGGGGUCGAAUCCUGGCCAUUCCCCACCAAGGACCUUAGCCCUACCACCACACAGACCAAAAGCGAAAGCCGCAGCAUGAGCGAGACAAAUGGUAAAGAAGUGAAUGAGGCGCAUGCUAAGCACCAGCCGACGUAUGAGUUAUUGCCCAUACCAACGACUCCACAGCCUCUUCAUUAUCCUGCCACGCCGAGUCAUUUGGAAGAUGGCAAGGCUGCAAUUUUCACGAACCCGAUAACUGCGACAGCAGCAGGACAUGCGGCGGGAACUACCCUGCCCGGGGAUAUCCCGUAUGUCGGUAUAGCGAGAAACGCGCACGGUAUGGCAUUGGAUCAGGAAGCUGCGCUCGCCUCUCUUGACCCGCGAUAUGAAUCUCAGAAUCUCAAUUCACACCGGGCCGAAGUAACUCAUGAGCCAACUGCCGGUGACGGGGAGUGGGGUGGUAAAGGCCUGAUGCAUGAUGAGGUGCCACAAGGGAUGAUUGCAGUGAAGCGAGAUUGGAAAUUAGAGGAGAAAAGAACAUAG